AAUCAAUGAAUGACUCAUUCAUUGAAUUCAAGUAUUUUUUUAUAUCAUAUGAAUCAUUGUUUUUGUUGUCAUUUUUGUUGUGAUUAUAAACAUCUGAUUAUCGGUUGAUUUGAUAAAAACAAAGAGGAUAUGUCUUUAAGCAGUAAUUCAGACAUUGAAGAGAUAGUGAGCGUCAAGAGUGUAGACGUCUAUCACUUGAAAUACAACGACACUUGCGGUGAAUAUGAGUUGACUUCAGUUAUCAAAGACCAAACAUUUCGGGUGUUUCGCGAAGUAAUUGACGGAAGACUGGAUCCAAAACAACGAGAAUUGUCGCAAAGAUUAGCUUUAAUUAAAUGCAAGGAUUGGUUUUAUCCGUUAGAAAAGGACACGACUCCGAUCUUCAGAUAUCGUAACCAAUGUCUGUGUUAUUUGUUUCCCGACGUUUCAAACGUCGGAUCAAUGACUUUGUUGUUUAUCAACACCGAAGUGGUCGACGAUAUUAAAGUGUUGUUAUUGGAAAAUGUUUUACUUUUAUAUUGUGAUCUUAAGGACUCACCACAAGAAUGGAAACCAAUCAUCGAUCAGUUGUUAUCCAUACCGUCGACUCCAACAGAAGCCGAGGUUGCGAUGGAAACAUCAGACUCGGAACCAAUGCCUUUGGGCGCAUCAACUGUUCCUUCUCCAGGAAUUACUACAGAAACAGAGGAACAAUCGGGAGGAGUUGCCGACACCAUUGCUAAAGGUAUAAUACAAGGCGCAGAACUUCUUAACAAUGGCAUCACAUAUGGGGCACAAGUAGCUAAUGAUUGGAUCAAAAGAGGUGCCUCUCAUGUGAAAACAAGUCAGUCUACAAAUACAAGUGAGAACAGAGAAGUUGAUCCCCGAGUGAUAUCAGGCUUACGAGGUUUGCGCACUGCUUCAAACGCGGCCGUAUCUGUCACAGGAUUUGCUGUCAAUGCAGUGGCCAAAGGAACCAAUCAAUUAGGCAAAUGUUUGGCACCACAUGUGAAAAGGCAUUCAAAGAAACUGAUAUCAAAUGUUUCGGGAAAGAGUGACAAUGAAUCGGAAAAGAUAUGCGACGGCAUUCUGACAGUUGCUUCGGGAACUCUACAGGGAUUUGGAACACUUUAUAACGGAGUGACCGAAAACGCCAUACUUUUAGCAAAGACAAUAUCAAAUGAAACGGUUGGUAUCGUUAACCAGAAGUACGGUCAACAACCAGCCGAUGCCACUGAACAUGCCUUAUAUACGGCGGGCAACGCAGCCAUCACUCUUCAGAAUGUAUCAAAUCUCGGACCCAAAGCUAUAGCCAAAAGAGCAGCUUUUGAUACGGGAAUGACUGUCAUUGUUGGCAAACAAGACAAUACUAACUCUCAAGAGUCUCAACAAAAACUAAAUGACAAUACAUAUUAAUAUUUUCUAAUUUUUAUGGAUUAAGGUUUAUCUCCAAUAUUUUAUAUAUCGUUUAGAGGGUUAAUAUUUUUUAUAUACAGUAUAUACCGGUAAUCAAUAUUUGUUGUAU